ACUUUAAAUGCUAUUAUUAAACAAAAACACAGGAAUACAACAUGGUCCAUGAGCAAUUACGGGGUAUAAGUUGAGCAAGGAGUGUAUGAUGAAUAGGUAAAGGAGGGAAAAAAUUAGAAAGUAUGGGAGGCGUUGCUUGGACCGAAGAAGAAGAUCAGUUGCUCAAGAAAUGUAUAGAGCGUUAUGGAGAAGGGAAGUGGCAUCGGGUACCUCUUUUGGCUGGUCUAAACAGGUGUCGUAAAAGCUGUAGACUGAGAUGGCUAAACUACCUACGCCCAAACAUCAAAAGAGGAACCUUUGCAGAAGAUGAAGUUCAGCUCAUCAUUAAGCUUCACAAGCUCCUCGGAAACAAAUGGUCAUUGAUAGCUGGGAGACUCCCAGGAAGAACAGCAAAUGAUGUAAAGAAUUAUUGGAACUGCCACCUGAGUAAAAAGCUCAACAAUGCUCAAGAAACCGAAGAGGAAUAUCAAAAUGGCAUGAAAAUGGAAACCCUAAAACCCCAGCCACGAUGCAUUGCAGUGACGGGCUCAAUUAAACCAAGAACCCAAGAUCAUUUUGCUCCUAAGAACCAGCCAACAAUACAAGAAAGCACCAUGCCCACACCUUUCAACUUCGUUGAAGUUGAUAAACAACAAGGCCAGGAGCUUGUGAAAGAAGAAGAAGACAUCAGAGAGGAGGCUGCAGGUGGUGUGUUUUUUGGUGAUUUGGCAACGGAAGAUCAUCAGUUUGGGCAGCUUGAUGAAGUUAAUGUAUUGAGUAGUACUGAAGGAUGCAGCAAAUGGGAUUGGGAUGAUUUGAUGUUAGACAUGGAUUUAUGGACUGAUUCAUUGUGAAAUGUGAUUUUCCUUAAGUGGUAACAAUCAGAAUAUUUCAACUCCAUAUAUGAAUGCAUCGUUAUGUUA